UGUUAUGGACACCUUUUACUUAUUUAAAAAAAUAAAGACAACUUUGAGCUACCAUGAAAGCCAAGCCGCCAACACCGAUAUGCGAAUGGCUUGCCAAUUAGCGCCCCCUGGCACCCAAGUGGACUCACGAUUUCCGAGCGGCUGAUAAAUUAGCGAAAUUUUAAUUUGAUUUCCUUCACAAAUUUCCGCCGAACCGGGCAUGGAUGUGGCCAUGGUGGACUGUGGUGGACUGGAUGGCCGGCCGGGUGUCGGAGUGUCUGGCCGCAGUGGACACAGAAGCCGAGGCAGCAAAUAAACUAAGUGAAUUUAUGGCCCCAGGGCAGGAGCGGCACACGUGUGCGACAUGCCCACACAUUGACACCUACCAAUAACCAACUAUCAAGUACCAGCCAUCCAAUAACCGCCUAACCACACAAUCCACACUCCCCACACUUCAUCCUCCAUACUCCACACUCCACACUCCAAUAGGGCUGCAGGUCCCUGGGCGCGUUUUGGAUCAGAUCAUCGUCUUGGUUCGGUUCGGUUAGGUUUGGUUUGGUUGGGUUUUUUGUUUAUGCUGGGCAGGCACAAACGAGCUGACAAUGCCCCAUGUCAGGGCGACGGUACGUGCGGCCAAACAAAUUACAGGGAAAUUGCGUCACCUGCAGGAAUUUCCACUCGGCAUUGUCAAAUGCUAUCAGAAAUCGUUGGACAUGUUGUAACAUUAAUUUGACAUUUUACGGCCCAGGACAGGGAUCGUUGUCAAUGAGACCGCAGAGCAGCGCAGGACAACGAGCAGACAGCUGUCGAGCGGACCAAGGAUGCUGGAGCCACCAGGGGAUCUUGCAGUGGCAUCUCGGGCACUCGGAAAAACAUGGGAAAUGGAGACUAUGUUUCCCUCAGUGCACUUCCAGCUUGGGAUGCAGCUCCUGGCGUUUUGCUCCGCCAGCUGGUGCAAUCUGUUGGAGCAGCGUAAAGGCAUUUCUGGCACUAAAACAAAUUGAUGCGGUCGGGAAAUCUCAUUGCCGGCUUAGUGAAUCUGAUUUGCGGUCAUCGGUCGUCCUCUCGUUAACCCAGAUUCGGAUUCCCGUGCUUGGUUCUACAGAUGCCAGGCUGCUGCUGCGAUUAAUUUGCUGCGGUGGCGAUAAUUUGUUAAUCGAAGCAUCCUCAUCGCAGCUUGCACUCAGUCCAGAAAGUUCUGGCAAUCCUCUCCACUUGCUCCUGCUCCAGUUGCAGCAUUGUCCAAUUAAAUCUGCCGAAAGUAGGGUGGGAAUCUUCGAUGUGGAUUCUGCUGUCCGGCUUGUUGGUUUAACGGCCGGCGUUCUUUUACGACGGCAUUUAGCUAAACUAUCCAGCAAACACCACUGGGGAGACUCAUCCCUGGGGUGGCUUCCUUGAUGGGUGAGCUCCGCAUGCUGAUGGUGCAGCAUUUAAUGCGGAAACGUGCCCCAAGUCGAGCUUCGAUUAGCGACUAGCCUGAAUGAUGUGUGCAGGUCAGCAGUGGAGGAUCACGCAACAACCAUUAUGGCCAGAGGCACGCCCACGCCUUCUUAAUGGCCCGCCAAUUCCCAAAAUCUGUUUCGGUUAAGUCGAAUCAUGCUGCGUCCUAAAAAGGGAGUUCUUAAAUUUCCAUUACUUCGAUU